CACUUCCAGAACCGAUCUGGCGUGCGACUGGACAUCACCCCAACGAUGCUUCUUGAAAGCUCUAGUUUUAGUCACAAAAGUAUUCAGCAAUAUAAAACUCUUCCGUAUUUCUAGUGACUUGGUGCUAUUUUUAAUUAGGAGACCUUCAAAGUUCAAGGAAAGUGAGUGAUUACAAGUGUGGAGCUAUGAAUACAAAUUGGAUUUAAAGUGAAAACCUGAAGAAGAUCAAACGAGUUACAGUUCUUGAGGAUAAUAUUGAUAGUGUGCAAAGUGUUUGUAGUGUUUGAAUAAUAAUAACAAUGGCUAGUUCUACCUAUUAUGCUAAUAGUGACAGUUCUUAUUGGCCUUAUCAAAUUAGUGACCCAAGAGCCUAUGAUCAGAGUUCUUAUCUAUCCGCUUAUCAUCAAAUGCCUCAACAACCCCAACAACCUCAACAUAGUCCACCCUUGGAUAACAAACCCUCUCCUCCAGAGCCUCCUAGUUUACUUGAGGCUAUUUUAAGGCACGGAAAAGAGGCCGUUUCUCAAAACUACUCUGGUUCAACCGCAAAAUGUGUAAGCACCACAGUAGGUCAAAUUUCGAGGUCCGAGAUACCCUCUCUGUCACCCUACACCCCAUCCUCUUCUUCGGAUAGAACGUCGCCUUUGACUGGACUUCUUGUAGAUGCUGGAUCCCAGGAUCAGUAUCAAAAUUCUUAUCAAUAUCAAGGAUUUGACCACAAUGGAAGUUGUGCCUUGGCGAGUGGGAAUUCGAAUUUCGAGGCUGUACAAACUUAUUAUAACGAUAACAACAAUGGUAAGAGGAGUCCUAAUGAAAUGAGUGAUUAUGGCGAUGAUGUGCGACCAGAUUACCCUUGGAUGAAGUCCGGUCAGGCUAACUCUGAAGUGACUGCAUCGGGAAACAAGCGCACUAGACAAACCUACACGCGUUAUCAAACUCUCGAAUUAGAAAAGGAAUUCCAUUAUAACAAAUACUUGACGAGGAGACGUAGGGUCGAAAUCGCUCAAAUCCUGUGCCUAACCGAGCGACAAAUCAAGAUCUGGUUCCAAAACAGACGAAUGAAAGCCAAGAAGGACGGAAAAUUAGGAAGCUGUUCUUUGGAUCCAACAUCUGAUGAAAUGAUCUCAACAUCUGAUUCCUUGUUGAUGACUAGUCCAAUUAGUCCAACAAUGUUACCCAGGCAAAAUUUACCACAGCAAACUGGAGUCACAUCAUUGCAUCAAAGUGGAGUCACACCGUUGCACCAAAAUGGAGUCACACCAUUACAUCAAAAUAGAGUCACACCAAUGCAUCAAAAUGGAGUCACAGCAUUGCAUCAAAAUGGAAUCACAUCAUUGCAUCAAAAUAGAGUCACACAGUUGCAUCAAAAUGGAGUCACGCCACUGCAUCAAAGUGGAGCCACGUCACUCCAUCAAAAUGCAAUCACCUCGUUGCAUCAAGAUGCGCUCACUGCAAUGCACCAAAAUGCAGCGAUUACUAUGCAAAGUAGAGUGAAUUCGAUCCAGAAUGGGGCACAUCAUCAUCACCAUCAGUCGCAACAUCCACUUCAUGCUGCCUACUUGAAUUAUCAUCAAUCGCAUCAGAAUUACGUGGGUCAAGAUUACGGUCAACAAGGCUACGGUCAGCCAUCGAAGUUGGAACUUCAUACCGGAUCGUGAAGCAAGAAUGCGAAGCCAACAUCGGGCAGCUGACCCUGCAAGAGCCAUGAUUUAUGGCUAAAUGAGCUAAACAGCCGAGCAGCCCACGCCAGGUAUUCGAAGCUCGGCGUUCACGCCACAUUUUGCCAGGAUGUCCUGCCGGUCUCAUGGAACUCAAAGAGGCCAAAACUAUUGCUCACGUCACUCUGAAAAUAUUUUGACACGAGCUGUAAUAUUCAUAUAUUGCUGAUUAAUAGGUAACGAGUCAGCCUUUAAAAGUGCAACUCGGAAAAGUCGAUUUUCCGGAUUUGAUCUGCUUCCAAAUUCAAUGCUUGGGUAGGAAAAUAUUUAGGUUGCACAUUUUAAUAUCUCAUCAUGACUUUUUUCAUUUUUUUUUUUUUUUUUGAAAAUUAUUGCAUUUUUUCGCGCAUAGGGAAUUAAUUCUUCUUUUGAUUUAAUCACGACAUAAAUUCCACUGAUAAGACUGAAGGUCAUGCAUUUUUAAUGUAAUGCCAUUAGAAUUUUUUAUUUAGAUUUUUAAAUAGAGUUUUUGUUUAAAUAAGGGAAUUUUAUGCAGAUUAU